AUGUUUAUUGAGACAUCAGUUGGUGAUAAUGCUGAUGAAAUCAAGGAAGAGUUACCUGGGAUUGAUCACGAUCUUGACAUGGGAAAAUUACGCUUUUCUCCAGCUCCUUCUCAAUCCUCUGGUGUGAGAGCUGAUGAAUCGUCUGCAGCAAUAGUCACAUUAGAUGUUUCAGCAUCUGAUGUUCUUAUUCCAUCUCUUGCUUCCAUCAAAUUUGCUGAGCUUCCGGAAUCGGAGAAUGGCAUAGCCAAUGACACCAUUACAGCUGAUGCCUUUGGUUCCAUUUGGGAAUAUGACCAGCCAGAACAGAAUACCGAUGUGGGAAAAGAUGCUAGUAUAUCAAAUUCUCCUGAUUUUCCCAGGACUGAGGAUCGGUCCAGAGAUAGGGAUGGUGAAGCUGACGUUCUCAAUGAUAUUGACAAACACCAAAAACCAAAUCAUCCCCUAAUUGUAUAUAGAUCUUCUCGGAGGAAGAGUGUCUGCAAUACCAACAACAAAGUAAAUCAGAAACCUGAGAUCCGGAAUGAAUCAAUAAAUUUUAGGAAGAUAGAAAAAAAUAACUCAGCAUUAGAUUUGAAUUCCUUGAAAAUAUUCCGAAGGAGGAGGACUUUAUUUACCAAGCGGGAUCGAUCUUCCGUUUGGGGACUGCUCGGGAAUACGUUUCCAGAAUUUGAAGAAACUGGUGGUAAUGACCCUAAUGUUGGUAGUGAAAAAAAUCUAAGAAUAGUACAAAAUGCUCAAUGUAAGAAGAGUGCUGACACAGCAAAAGAAAGUAAAAAAUCAGUCUGGGAUAGCUGCCCUCCGACUGGUCGCAUCACUUUAAAGAUCAAAAUUGGGAACCAAAGCUGUGGCGUGAUUCAUGUUAGUGAAGACUUGAAUGGUUCACAGACAAGUGCUCCUGGUUUAUCAAAGAUUGUCAGCCAUGAGGAGGUUGAUAAAGUGACAGCUUCCACUGAAAAUAGGUGUUUAGAUCCAGGAACUUCACCAGAUUCUGAAGUUAUAAACUCGGUUCUGAAUGCUACAACUUUUGAAAAAGCUCUAAACAAGCAAGAUAUUUCAACUAUUCCAGUGGAGAGAAUAAACCAGGAAUGUCUUACAAACUCUGUUCCUGAUGUUCCUGUUGUGGAUGGUUUCCUUCAAAAGAAAUCCAGAAAAGGAAAGAAGAAUGAUAAGUCUGGUAAUCGUAUCACUGGAAGCAUGCUCACUGGUGCAAAUACCACGUCCACAAGUAGCGCUAAAGCACCCGUGCAACCUGAAUCUGCACAGGAAGUGGUUGAUGUGUCUUACUGUAAUGACGCCUCCACAACUUUAACUGCAAAAACAUAUUUGAAUACCUAUAGCAGCAAUGAAGGUCCAAAGGGUCCCUCACGCUGUUCAAGGAUGUCUGACUCAGGAACUCCUAUUACAUCCGAAGUUUGUACUAGUGCCGAAGCGAAUACUUCUUAUCAGCAUGUUGCUCUAAUUGAAUCCUCAAGUCUACAGCCUGGUGACAAUCUGGUUCCUUGCAGCAAUGGGAAAAAAAGUUCUAAAUGUUCCAAGGCAAAGGGACAGCGCAAGAGCAAGUCUGAGACCUCAGAUAAGACCAGCAAGAAAGAGAAAGCUUCCAAAAAGAAAGGUGAUAAGAAAGAAUUAGUAAGAAGGCAUGAAGUUGAAUGGAAGAAUGACUCUAACAGAGACCUCAGUGGAUUGGAUAUCCAUCUGGUGCCAGGAAAUCAAACAUUAUCUGAACUUGGAGAAACCAGAUACCUGAGCAAGGGUGCAAAUGGAUCACCAAACAGCUUGCAAUUUAAUUCUAGUGAGCUCAAGGAACAAUAUGCUCCCCCUAGGAAUGCGUGGGUGCUUUGUGAUGAGUGCCAAAAAUGGCGGAGGAUACCUGCUACACUUGCUGAUCAAAUUGAAGCAACAAACAGUGGAUGGACUUGCAAAGAUAACACAGACAGAGACUUUGCUGACUGCUCAAUUCCUCAAGAGAAGUCCAAUUCUGAAAUAAAUAAAGAGCUGGAAAUAUCUGAUGCUGAGGAAGAUACUUGUUAUGCCACGCAGAAAUCUGAUCAAAUUCGUUGCCAAGCUGUUCAACAGCGACCAUCUUGGUCACUUAUUCGGUCCAACUUGUUUCUGCAUCGAAGCCGCAAAACUCAGACCAUCGAUGAGGUGAUGGUCUGCCAUUGCAAACCUCCAGCAGAUGGCAGAAUGGGUUGUGGAGCUAAAUGUUUGAACCGAAUGCUCAAUAUUGAGUGUGGCCGAGGGACUUGCCCAUGUGGUGAACUUUGUUCAAAUCAACAGUUCCAGAGGCGUAAGUAUGCUAAAUUGAAGUGGUUCAGGUGUGGAAAGAAGGGUUUUGGUAUUCAAGCUCUUGAAGAUAUCUCUCAAGGGCAGUUCCUCAUAGAGUAUGUUGGAGAGGUACUUGAUAUUCAUGCUUAUGAAACAAGGCAGAAAGAGUAUGCUUUGCAGGGACACAGACAUUUUUACUUCAUGACGCUCAAUGGGAGUGAGGUGAUCGAUGCAUGCGCCAAAGGGAAUUUGGGCCGUUUCAUAAACCAUAGCUGUGAUCCUAAUUGCCAAACUGAAAAGUGGAUGGUGAAUGGAGAAGUUUGUGUUGGACUUUUUGCCGUCAGGGAUAUAAAAAAGGGUGAAGAAGUCACAUUUGAUUACAACUAUGUACGCGUGUUCGGUGCUGCUGCAAAAAAAUGUAUAUGUGGUUCACCUAAUUGUCGGGGCUACAUAGGUGGAGAUCUAACGAAUUCUGAAGUAGUUGUUCAGGGUGACUCAGAUGAAGAAUUUGUAGAACCUGUUAUGACCUGGAAUGAUAGAGAAAUCAAAGAAGAUUGGAAUGACAUAAUAUCAAAUUCCUUGCGUGAUAUAGAAAAAGAAACUGUCAAUGAACCUCCAGAAAACAGAGAUCGAAGGAAAAAGCAGCUUAAUGUUGCUGCUCAAUCAGAGAAUAUCACUUCAGAAACUUUAGUUGAAAAAGUGGCUGUUAGUUCUGCUUGCAGUGAUGGAUCCUUUAAUAUGUCAACUGCUAGGGAGGCUGCAGACAUGGUUCAAGAUGAUGAUGAACCCGACGACUUGUUUAGCAAGCAUACUCCAAGAAAGGAGGUUACAGUCAAGACACUGGCUAGCAAUUUGCAGCCUAAUACAAUUGAAUCUAAGAGAAAGGUGAAAUAUGCUACUUCAGGAGUAAAGGAGGAAUUAAUGAAGUCUGGUCCUGCUGUUAAGACGCGUUUACCGUUUUCAAUCAAGAAAGAGAAGAUUAAAUCGAAUCUUGUGAAUGGCAAACUCAGUCCAGCUUUGGACAAGUCAAAUGCAGAAAGUCAGAAAGCUAAAAGUUCACCAGAUGUCACCUUAAACAGUCGUGUCGAAACAGUUGAGAAGAAACUGAAUGAGUUGCUAGACACUGAGGGAGGAAUAAGCAAGCGAAAGGAUGCAUCAAGAGGUUACUUGAAGCUUCUGUUUCUAACAGCUGCCUCAGGGACUAGUGGUCAUGGGGAAGCUAUCCAGAGUAAUAGGGACCUCUCCAUGAUAUUGGAUGCACUCUUGAAGACCAAGUCUAGGACUGUUCUGGUUGAUAUAAUUAACAAGAAUGGUUUGCAAAUGUUGCACAACAUAAUGAAGCGGUACAGAAAAGAGUUUAACAAAACCCCAAUACUGCGCAAGCUUCUCAAGGUGAUCGGGUAUCUGGCAACAAGGGAGAUUCUUAAUUUAGAGCACAUAACUGGAGGUCCACCUUGUCCAGGAGUGGAGAGCUUUCGAGAUUCAAUAUUGACGCUGAUGGAUCAUGGUGACAGGCAGGUCCAUCAAAUCGCACGUGACUUCCGUGAUAGAUGGAUCCCAAGACACCUGAGAAGAAAAUGUUUCAUCAAAACGGACGAUGUCAAAGUUGAAUUUCCUCAGAAUUCAGGUCACGGCAGGCCACCAUCAGGUUCUUCGUCACACGAUCACUCGAACAGUCGAGUCGAAAAAUCUGCAGCAGAACCUAUGGCCUCAUCAUCAUCUGGUGCAGUAGUGGACCUUCCACCCCCCAAGCAUUCUUCUGACAACAAUACCAAUGAAACUACCCAACCAAGAGUACGAAAACGCAAGAGCCGAUGGGACAUCCCUCCCCCUGAUUACGAUUCCGCUCCUCCGGGCUUCUCGUCCCCGCGUAAUGACGAAUCUGCCCCUCCUGGAUUUUCGUCUCCGUGUAAAAAGUUUAGAGAUCAAGCAAAUCCUCCGUUUGGUACCAUUUUGGGAAAUUCACAGGAGAAAUUCGCAGCAAGUUUGCCUUUGUCCUAUGGAGUUCCCUAUUCCAUGUUGCAGCAUUUUGACGUGCAUGAGGCUGAAAAUGUCGUGAGCUUGAAAGUGGCCCCGGGUCUGCCUUUCCACCCAUUUCCUCCGCUGCCUACUUACAUGAAAGCUGGCCCACAACCAAUGGGCACUAAAUCCAGGCCCGUCUUCAGUGAACAUGCAGAAAAAUUCUCCGGUGUGGACCCACCUCAGUUGAAUACUCCGGUGGGCCUGGACUUCCAACGCGACACGAGCUCCCAUAGCUUGGGAAGGAAAUUCUUCAGACAGCAAAAGUGGAGUCAUGCUAAGCCGGGCCCUCCUUGGGUUCGGAUGAGAAACGAUCAGGCGCAUGGCGAAAACGUGAGGAAUGAUGGGCCACCGCCGAGCGCGGGUUUUGGGGGUGGAGGAAGUCAGUUUAGGAAUUCAUUCAUUUGA